AAUACAACGGUGCCCGUGAGGAACAGUAAUGAGUAGAAGAUCAGGGACCACAGAGUAGUCUGUUCGUGGCCCCCGUGGUUUGUGUGUCGUGAUUUCGAUCGGUGAAAAAAAAAAUAAUUCUGACGCCAAAACGGGGUUACUGAUAAUACGGAGAGAGAGAUAGAACAAACAGCCUACUUCGAACGUUUCAGCAAUACCAAUCACAAUCGAGUUUCGUAGAACGUCUCUUAGUCUAGUCUUAACGGCAUUAGGCCAUGACCUGACCAAUGAUAAAAAAUCCUCCCACUACAGUUUCCCGUUGGUGUAGGAAUUUAGGUGUUUUCUUUGAUACAGAAGAAGAGUGCAAGAGUGGCUAAAGUGAAUCAUUAGUUUGUUGGUUUGAAUAACGAGAAAAGGAAAUUCGAGUAGUUCGAUCGUGACGAAUCUGAUUUUCGGAGUCGGAAGGCAGUGAAAAGGGGUGAUAGAAAAAAAAAACCAAGAGGAAAAUUGGACCUGAGAUAACAUCAUCCUUUUUUUUCGGCGAGUGUGUGCACGUGUAUUUGUGUGGAAAAACCGUCGUCGGUCGGUUGCAAAGGAGCGAAGAGCGAGCAGGGCAAAGUCCCGCACCGUCACACGCAGAGCAUUAGAGAGGGAGAGAAAACGGAGCCCAUCUAGAGGCAAAAGGACGACGUUAGGCUUUGGUAGUGUAGAGGGCCCCCCGAAAAAAGAGGAGAGAUAUAGAUAGAGAGGAAAAACACCAGAAGGGGAGCCAUUCGAGAGGAUUAUCGAUAACGGAGGACCGUCCGCAGAACAAACGCACGGGUUGCUACGUUCUCACACAUACACGCACGCAGGCCAUCGUCGCCUUCAGGGAGCAGAUUUGCUUUUGCCUGGUUUCGAGUUUCCCAUGAACUCCGGUUCAAUUUGCAGAAGCUUGUCAAGGUGGAAAAUUGAUGUCCAGGACUAACCCAACAACAGUUUGAAUCAGCGAUAUCUCUGGAAAAAAAAUGUCCUGGUGCUAGUGAUGUUCAAACUGAUCCGGAUGUAAACAACCAGAGGACUACCGAAUAAAACCAAGAACCCACAACGGAUGGAAAGUUAGACGGUGCGCCCGCCUAAACGUACGCUUGAUCGCAGCAACCCUCGCAGUAACCCUAUAGGAGCUGGUGACUGCACCCGGGUAGAAAGAAGGCGAAAGCUAUAACAAAAUUCAUCGAGUGGAUCGAUAGAAGAAAACAACAACGUAGAUAACAGAAGAAAGUAAAAAAGCAAGAAACAACUUAGCUAAACCAUAAACAAGUAUAGACAGUAGGUUAAAACUAGAAAGAUCAUCACAGACAAUUUCAGUCUAUUGUAGUAACUUGACCCGUGUAAGCAGAAGAAAGGCGGAGAGAUACUUAACUAUUGUUUAAUCAUAACACGCGCAUAUUUAAGCACUCUCAAAACAAAAACAAAAACACGUGUCUAUAAGUAUCAAAUCGGAGUAGAUUAUUGUAGCAAAACCAACCAACACACACACACACCCAGCUAUAGCAAAAAUGUCUUCGCAAACAGCAAGUCAACAAUCAACCAAUGCAACACCACCGUCGGGUGCGGCCGCAGCAGGUCAAACCUGCGGCACCGAUCGGAUCAUCGACAGUGUCCUGUUUCCGCCGAAGCACAAACUGACACUGGCCGAGGUGUUCGAUCCACACACCGGCAAACCCCGCCCGGACGUACUGAAGCAGCACUUCAUCCUGGAGGGCCGAAUCGAGGAGAAUGCCGCCCUGCGGAUCAUUCAGGAGGGCGCGGGCAUUCUUAAAGCGGAAAGUACGAUGAUCGACAUCGAAGCGCCGGUUACGGUGUGCGGCGACAUUCACGGGCAGUUCUACGAUCUGAUGAAACUGUUCGAGAUCGGUGGUUCGCCUGCUUCGACCAAGUAUCUCUUUUUGGGCGAUUACGUUGACCGCGGGUACUUUAGUAUAGAGUGCGUGCUGUAUCUGUGGGCGCUGAAGCUGUGCUAUCCAACCACACUGUUUCUGCUGCGAGGCAAUCACGAGUGUCGACAUCUAACGGAAUACUUUACCUUUAAGCAGGAGUGUAAGAUUAAGUACUCGGAACGGGUGUACGAUGCAUGUAUGGAAGCGUUCGACUGUUUGCCCCUGGCGGCACUAAUGAAUCAGCAAUUCCUUUGUGUUCACGGUGGCCUCUCGCCGGAGAUCCAAGAGUUGGACGACAUUCGAAAGUUGGACCGAUUCAAAGAGCCGCCGGCCUUCGGACCGAUGUGCGAUCUGCUGUGGUCCGAUCCGCUGGAAGACUUUGGCAACGAGAAGAAUUCGGACUUUUACUCGCACAAUACGGUGCGCGGUUGUUCGUACUUCUACAGCUACAAGGCCUGCUGUGAUUUCCUGCAGAACAACAAGCUCCUAUCGAUCAUUCGGGCCCACGAAGCGCAGGACGCUGGCUACCGCAUGUACCGAAAGAGCUCCACGACCGGUUUCCCCUCGCUAAUCACAAUCUUCUCCGCUCCCAACUACCUGGACGUCUACAACAACAAAGCGGCCGUGUUAAAGUACGAAAACAACGUGAUGAACAUCCGGCAGUUCAACUGCUCACCGCAUCCGUACUGGCUUCCAAACUUCAUGGACGUCUUCACCUGGUCGCUACCGUUCGUCGGCGAGAAGGUAACCGAAAUGUUGGUCAACGUACUUAACAUCUGCUCGGACGACGAGCUGAUCUGCGAGGGUGACGACACCCUGGAGGAGGCGAACGCCCGCAAGGAGGUCAUCCGGAACAAGAUCCGUGCCAUCGGUAAGAUGGCCCGCGUAUUCUCCGUGCUGAGGGAAGAAUCCGAAUCGGUGCUACAGCUGAAGGGACUGACGCCGACCGGCGCUCUACCGCUCGGUGCCCUGUCCGGGGGUAAACAGUCGCUGCAUAAUGCCCUGCAGGGCUUCUCGCCCAACCACAAGAUCACGUCGUUCGCCGAGGCCAAGGGGCUGGAUGCGAUCAACGAACGGAUGCCACCGCGGCGGGACACGACACCGACGCCGAGUGAGGAGAAAACUAUUUCGCUGGCGGCACCGAAAUAAUCAGCUUCCGCGAUGUCUUCGGGCGGGUAA